AUGCGGGCGAUAAAAGCAUGGGAAAUACCGUUGAUGCAUGUAUAUAGGCUGGUGUGUGGAGGCGCCGUGCGUCGGUUCUCCAUUUACAACCAUGGCCUUCAGCGGGAGGUCAAGGCGGGGCGGCUGACGCACUACGACGUGCUGCAGCUGCCGCGCGACGCCAGCGCGCAGCAGGCCUACCUGCGCCUCGUGAAGCUGCAUCACCCCGACGCUAGCAAGCGCCCAGACAGCCCCUCCAUCUUCAUCUGCAUCAAGGAGGCACACGAGACGCUUGCCGACCCCGCAGUAUGA